UAUUCUACCAUACUAAUGAUCGGCGGCUAUCAAGGAUGUUCCCUUAUUUCCACGUCGAUGGGAAUCCAGGUUGGUGCUGUAUCUACCUGCAGCGAAAUGUAUGACUCUGCAUCCCGAUGGGAUAUAUGGCUCUGUACCCAACGGGGCAUAAGGUUCUGCAUUCAUCAGUCCAGACACUCCACAAAUGCUUAUGUAGCUGAUGUACGUGCAGGUAUCUUAGCGUUGCAUGUCGGGCAACCCGUACAAAGAACAUCUGAAACUAGUGGUAUCUCUGGCUCUAAGCAUGAGCUCGCUUCGCCAGUGAGGACGAGGAAGAAGAAGCGAAGCAGAAAGAUAAUGUCUUUCUCUUCUCUGUUUGACCCUCUCUUCUGCCAGGAAGAUCAUUUUGAGGAAGAAGAAACUGAGCAGUUUCUUGCAUUCAACGAAGCAGAGGAUAAAGAAGAAGAUGAGGAUGAUGAGGGGUGGACGGAAGCGCUCUCUUCUCUCCUUGCCAACGAGAUGGAAACCCACCCAGAACUCUCAGUCGCUGCCUGUGACACCUACCUCAUUCCGGCGAGGAGUAAUGCCGUUCAAUGGGUGGCAAGAACUAGCGUUCAACAUGGGUUUUCUGUUCAGACGGUACUCCUCGCUGUCAACUACCUAGACCGCUGCUUUCUUGCCGCCGGAGGCGGCGGUUUAAGGUUACAAGAAGACAAGCCAUGGAUGGGGCGGCUUGCCGCAGUGGCCUGCCUUUCUCUUGCGGCGAAAGUUGAGGAGACACGAGUUCCCCUGCUUCUUGAUUUGCAAGUACCAUCUGCGGCGGCUGGCGAGGAAAUGGGUUACGUGUUCGAGAACCGGACGAUACGAAGAAUGGAGCUCCUCCUGCUGUCCACGCUUGGGUGGAGAAUGAAUCCCGUUACUCCUCUCUCCCUCGUCCACCGUCUCCUGCACAAGAUUCCAGCUGCAUCCGGCCGCUUGCAGGAGGUCUUUCGUCGCUGCGAGGCCACUUUGUUGGCUGUUAUCGCUGAUUUGGGAUGGGUUCGGUAUCCACCAUCGGUUUGGGCAGCGGCAGCGCUGGUGUACGCGGUGAGGCUGCCGGGGGAUAUUUCCAGCUCUUUGCCGGUGAUGGAUAGUCCUCUCGAUCUGCUUAACGUUUCAAAGGAAAGAGUAGCUGGCGCCUGCCAGCUCAUUCUUGGUCUCUGUGUCAACGGCGAUUGCUUUGGCCAUGGCGCCGGGAUUAAAAGGAAGGAUUUUUAUCACAACCAUUGUGAUUCAGUUUGCUCUUACUCUUCUCCUGGAAGCCCAAAUUGUGUGGUCGGUUCUUGCUUCAAGUCCGAGAACUCAUCCAGCUGCGGUGAGUCAUUGUCAUCUUCUUUCCCAGGGCUGCCUCCAUUCAAGAAAAUGAACACAAAACAAAUCACAGAUAAUGGAGAAAACAAGGAGCUUGUGAUUGAGCAUGGAGUCCUCCUCGCCUGAGCUUUAGAAGCUUUUGUCCAUACUUAGAAACAUUCUGCUCGUUAAGAGAAAGAGAUCACAUUAGGAAGCUUUAAACAGUAGAGAAACUAAAUGUCGCAGAGAUGGACGAUUAGUGUAAUAGAGCUGCCUCCUGCUUUCUGAAAUCAUCAAUGCGGUUUCUGUUUUCUUAAUCAUGAAUGCGUGUAUAACUUCAAAUCUUCUGUAGUUGCAGAUAGUUAAUGCUUUCUAUCAUAUGGAGUUGUAUACGUCUGAAUGAAAAUAAGAGAGAGAGAGAACAGAUACGGAUAGUGCUGUUCGUGAAUUAAGAGUAAAUUUGAGAGCUUAUAUUUAUUUGACUUAUAUUCUCUGCUCGAGCCGCUGCUUUCUA